CGUGGCCCCACUACCACGUGAAAUCUGCCAUGGUACAGAAUGGGGGACAAACAAACGAACGGGUUCAUAAGACUCUGGGUGAUCCCAACACCGUGCUGGAUUUCGUGCAAAAGUUGUAAGGUCGGUUCGAACGGUGUGCUGUGACUUGUGACCGUAAACAAUUCUAUGACCGACAUGUUCUCUUCCAACGUGUUGAUGGCAAUCAUAGCGCUCACCCUUUGCGCUAGCUGUGAAACCGACUCCUCACACAGCUCUGGAUCAGGUGGAGAUCGAUAUCCUAAGCGGAAGGAGACAGGAAUUUUGGGACGACCCCCAUCCAAAAUGGCAUUCUCCCAAGGCGUAGAUGCAACAGAUAGAACACAGCAAGGAUCGCCGGAGGGCGCUUUGACGAGAUUCCUAUCACGCAAGGACAACAGGAAGGAAGCGUCAGGUAAACGCAGGAACCGUCACUCAGGACACAUCAACAGGUUGAAGAGAAGCUACCACCCCUAUGAACCCGGUUACCCGAUCCAAUGGCCACAAUUCGAAGGGUUGAACACCUGGAGGGCCAGCUACUACCCCAUCCAAAGACCUUAUUUCGUGCCAAUGUACGGUUACGAAGGGGGGAUCCCCCUUUAUUGUCCACCCUGUAACUGCUACCACAACCCCGGUACACCUCAGCAUAACCCUAACAAACCCCCUUAUGUUGGUCCAACCUAUCUGCCACCCGUAACGACUGUGGCGCCUCCAGUCAAAAAUGGCACCACCAUGAUGCCUAUAGACAAUCGUUUCGGUGAAAACGACGACGAUGAGAGGCCUAUUUGGGACAACAACGGGGCUUACUACCCCAACAGGGCAUCAACAAGACCUCCAAUGGCGCCAACUAGAAAACCAGCCUCUGGUACAUCCACAGUACCUCCCUUAGUCCACAAAGAAAGUGAAACCCCGAAGAAUAUAAACCACAUGUCCAACAACGAUGAGAAUGAGGUGGCUACAGUCUCACCGUCCAUACCAAGACCGGAAGGUCCUAGCAAAUGCGUUUGGGCCAUUGUUUCUUGCUGCUCUACCUCGUCGAAAGAUAUAAGUUACGAAUGUUUCGACCAAUUGGGUUGUGGAGGUCCCUUCUGGGAUGUUAACCCUUGCGAUACGGAGUACGCGAAGGCUGCUAUUGAAACGGCCUUGAACUACUACAACACGAGGUUCUGAGGAAAAGAAGGUUAGGUUGCCCUUUGGUUCGAUUCAUCUGGAGGAAACACUGCCUAUGAAAGUGAUGUAGUGUGUAGAACAGGGUCAAGAUUGAAAUGGUGCUUCUUAGAUAUUUCGAAGCCAGUUGAAGACAACACACAAUGAAAUCUUCAAAAAUACGUUCAAGUUUUUGGUUUCAAAACUUCCAAACCAAGCAAUUCGUCUUGUUUCAUUAUGAUGAGUAUUUGAAUAGUAUUCGAUUCACAAGGUCAGAUUUUCAUAAGAUGUUUCCAGGUUAAGCACAUGACUCAACCCUUGAAUUUUUCUCAACGAAAUUCUGAAUUUCUACUGCAUAACUCUCGACCAAACCAAACCCCCAUAUUAUUGUAAAAAUAACACAAAGAUAAAAAAUAAUCAUAUACUAACAAUAAAGAAUGAAAACAGUCGAAUAAAUCUUUGUGCUUUGUGGAAUAAUCUUGAACUUCCUACGUAACAUGUGCCAAAAGUUUUGUUGAGUAUUAUAUUACAAUGGUUCACCCAAUCCCUACUUAGUUUUUUUUAUAAUAUCUAGUUUUGUAUAGAAAUGAACAUAGGUGUCUGUCUGGUAAAUUUAAUUGGCUUAAAUUUACUGUGACCAUUCUUCUACCAUUUUUGUAACAAAGUAUUCAUAGAUUUUGAGUAUUAAAAGUAUUUAUUUCUUCAGCUCUGAAAUGUGAUCUAGGUUUAGGAUGAUUUUUUUAAAAUUUAGUUAUUGUCAUCACAUAUCUAUUUAGAAGUAUAAGUAUUUAUAUUUUUCUAUUUGUCCAUAGUCUGUAUAGCAAUAAUGAAUAAUUUUUCAAAAAUUGAGAUAUCGUAAGAUAAGAAUAUAAAAAUAAAUAAAAAUUUU